AUGGGGCUUUUCACGACGUAUCCGACUACGCGACCCCGGGACCUCGCCGGCACUUACGACUACAUCAUUGUUGGAGGGGGAACUGCUGCAUGCGUGCUCGCAAACCGUCUCAGCGAGGACGAGUCCGUGUCGGUGCUCGUAGUCGAACGCGGCGAUGUCAAAGACGGCUUUAUCUCUCGCGUACCCCUCUUGUCUUCUCACUUUGCGUCUGACGGGUCACGCUCGCGCCUCUGGGAAUCUACGCCCCAGGCGCACGUUAACGAUCGCGUCUUUCAGAUGGCUGCAGGUUGCUCGCUGGGAGGCUCGUCGAAGAUCAAUGCAAUGCUAUACACCCGUGGCCUCCCCGGCGAGUACAAUUCGUGGAGCCAAGCGGGCCGGAACAAGGCUUCGGACUUUCAUGGUGUUGCAGGCGAAUGGCAAAACCGUUCUUUCCAGCCCUACUUCUGGAAGAACACGCCGUACAUUAUCGAAGGAGCGACGGCUAUGGGCAUUCCCUACGUAGACGAUCUCAAUUCGCCGCUACAUUCGUCUUUCGGCUGUGCCAAGAUGCACUACUCCCUCGAUCGCUGGGGUCGUCGAAGCUCCGCGUUCUCCGCAUUUCUGCCCGCGCAAUUGGUCAAAGAACGCCGACGUCGGUUGCACAUCUGUGUCCGCACCCUUGUCCUCAAGAUCGAUAUCCACGAAACGUCGUCCGGAGUGUUGAAGGCGGGAGGAGUGUUUCUCCAGUCCCUCGGCGAGAAAUUCCCGUCGCGGUACAUAGGAGUGCGGAGAGAAGUCAUCUUGUGUGCGGGCGCUCUCUCCUCUCCUCAGAUCCUCAUGCUCAGUGGUGUUGGCCCUGCAGAUCACUUAGCUCGACACGGCAUUCCCAUACUCAAGGACCUGCCUGGAGUAGGCUCGCAUCUGCAAGAUCAUUUGGGUGCCGCGCCUCAAUAUCGCGUUCCUCUGCGGGACUCCAUCAUCAAGCUGAAACUACAGCCGUGGAUCACCAUCAUUCAGCUGCUCAUGUACAUUUUCUUCGGCGUGGGGAUGAUGCUCGGAAACGUCCUCGACGUGUCGAUCUUCAUGCAGUCACGCUUGUUCGAUGGCAAGUACAACGCCGUGGUCAACUCCGAGGAAGACAGAGAUGCCUCGCUCCCGGAGAACGUUCCAGACGUCGAAGUUAUGGCUAUCGUGGCGCGCGACAUGUCUGCGUCUGUUUCCGAGAGACAACCCGCGCAGAUCGACCGCCGACGCGGGAAGAGCGAUGUCUCCUAUACCAGCGAUGCCUCAAAAUCCACGCGCGACGGAGGAUUGGGCUUCCUAGCAGUCAACCUCCGACCGACGUCCCUGGGAACGGUGCGCCUCUUCUCGAGCGACCCCAAGGAAGACCCGGUCAUCGAUCCCAACUAUCUGUCGACGGACCACGACAGGGAGGUCAUGCGCAAAAGCGUCCGGUUCCCUAUGCAGCUGAAGGAGAAGAUGGCGGCACGCGGAUAUCCCAUCACUGACUUCAGGAUUCCUGCAGGUGACUCCGACGAAGAGGUGGACGAGUUUGUCCGACAGGUUUGCGAAACGACGUAUAAUUAUUCGUCGACCUGCCGGAUGGCCCCCGAAUAUGAUGGACCGCGCCCCGGGGGUGUCGUCGACGACCGUCUCUGCGUUCACGGAGUGCAAGGUCUGCGUGUUGCCGAUGCCAGCGUCUUCCCCCAUAUCCUCAGCACCCAUCUUGCUGCGCCUGUUGUUGCCGUGGCGCAGAAGUGUGCUGAUAUGAUCAACGAGAACCGGGCUGCCGAGGCACUGAAUGGGAGGCACUGAGUGAUUGUGACGAGGUUUAUUCAGCCUCUGAAGGUUGUCUGAAGCAUUGCUACUUUGUGCACUCAGUCCACGGUGAAACAUGAAGGCUAAUCACCGGCGGGAGGUACUAUUGGAGUUUGAUCAAGUUAGUGCAUUGAGGGUCACCAAGCGACUGUCACCUCACGCACCAGUUGUUCUGAUGAGUCGUCAAACCACCGAGCCACAUUGUUCACAUGUAAGGAUAGUGGAUUUUGACUGAAAAUUCAUGAAUGAGAUAUCGCUUUACACAUUCAUCGGUUUGAUUCACCUUGAUCGCGGACAUGAUCAUGUCAUCCGUGUCGUCAGCCGACGAUGGCGGAGGGUCUCUAGCAUGCAACACGAGUGCU